ACUUGAAAGGAACAAGUCACGCUACCACACCUUUUAUCGGGCCGCGACUCUGUUUAAAUUAAUCUUAAAUUUGAACGCCAUGAAUAGCUUAAAUAGUCUAUAUGUGGCCGUUGUUUUUUAUCUACUUCAAGGAAUAUAGAUAUUCGUAGAUGUAACAACUAAUGCCAAAGUUUCCAACACGAGGUUCUAAACGGUGACUCUAUUUAACAGAGUAGUAAACUUUAUAAAGUCACCUGAAAAAGGGACGAUUCUUCCCCGUUACCAUAGUCUUUUUUGAUAACGCUUUUCAGUUUUUUGUAAAUACAAACGUCAACCAGGUCUCCUAGGAACCUCAAAGGAAACUUAAAAUUCAAUAAACACACUAUUAGCACUAUUAGCACUAUUAGCACUGUAGUCACACUAUUAGCACGAGCAAUUAGCUUUUUCUUUUAUUACUCUCGCUGCAUUAUUAAGAGGAUAUUCACGAGUUACCUUCCGCCCUGUGUCAAAGUGAGUCUUCGUGCAAGACUAUUCAUAUCAAACUGUGUUUCAUCUGUGUUCAUUUUACAUGAGGACUCGUUUUGAAACAGAGGCAAAAGGCUCUCAUAGUCGCGGAAAUAAGAGCGACCCGCUUAAAUAUCGCGGACGCAGACAUUCCGAAAAGGUGCAUCCCGCUCCGCUCCCUCCGAUAUUGAAUUAUUAUUCCAUCAUUGAAUUAUUAUUAUUAUUAUUAUACCAAGAAUGUUGUCCAGAUGAAAUGAAGCUGUAUCGUCAACGGUGACGAUAGAGGGUAUAUUUUUCAAAAAUUGAAUUUGCAAAUCGAGUGAGAAUUUUGAGCUCAUUUUUACGGGUUGAAUUUGUAAUAUAUUGUUUUUGCAAAUAUGUUAGUUUUUUAACAAAAUGUAUUCUUGUAAAGACUUUUGUUUAAUACUGAAUAUUCAGAAAUUUCUAGUCAUUGUGGAAUUGUGGGUCAGACAAUAGCUUGCAACAAUUGAUUGCGAUUUUUUGAAGUGGUUUGUGGUGUGAUUUAUGACUUUUAUACUUCCCUUCAUUAAUAGGCCACGCUCGAUAUAUCAAUGUUCUAACAUGGCUACGAGGCUUUCAGGACAAACAUGAUAUUUGGUGGUAUUUUAUAUGUAUCCAUAUCUCUUUUGGGAAUUGUGAGACUAUAGAAACUUGCAAUUUUGACCCGAAAGCCUCGGAUCCAUGUUAGAAUAUUGAUAUAUCGAACAUGGCCUAUUGUUAAAUGGGCAAACAUGGUGUUUUAUGACGCCAAUUAAGGACAAAGCAAACCCCGGGAGCGAAGUUGAGCUUAAGCCAUUUUCCUGCGGUGUGCACGAGUGGCAAAUUGUACAGUGCCUCGAACUCCAUAUGUAGCCGGCUAUAAAUCCAUUUUUCAUUAUUCCAUUCUUGUCACAGCAGUCAUUCGCCCCUGUAGCUUGAUUUGAACUGAGUUAUUGAAACUGACGUGGUAUGCUUCAACCUUACCCUGCCACCCUUCAAAGCGCGCUUUUUCACUUUGCUCUGACGUGAGGUGUAUUCUGACCAAUGAGAACAGAGAUUUGUCUUUCAACAAGAAUCACGGCGAACCCUAUUUUAGCCUGAAACUAAACGUUUUCCCGCGCUACCUGUGUAGCACGUGAUAACGCGAUACAGAAGGUUUUGCCUGAAAUCUAACAGCUAAAUUCAUUCCCGCAAUUUUUCUGUUCUUCAGUGCAAUUCUAAUCUGGGAAAACAUCCCAUAACAGAAAUAUAUCACAGGUACAAAAAUCCUUAUUUACAAUAACAACGUAAAAUCCUGCGUAGAAAAAUCUAUAUUUCACCCAAGUUACUCUAAAAAGAUUCUUAGUCCUUAUAUGUAAUUGCUGCCUACUGAGACUGUAGGAUAUUUAGGUUCUUAUUUCAUAAGAGGAAAACGUGUUUGCUUUUGCUGCAACAAGUCUACAUGGGUGUUGCCUUUCUUCCCCCUUAUGUGAACCGAAUAUGUAGUCGGGACUUGCCAUAGGAAUUCUAGUUUAUGUUUUGUAUUCGUAGUUUUGGUUCGUAUUUUUAAACCAGUCACGGUUUUAAUUUUUAGGCUCAACAGGUUCCUAAAAAUGAGGUUUCGCACGCUAAAAUUGUAGCCUAAGGGUUUCGUAUCAUAAGGUUUUAACAAAAUUUUAGCUCUAAGUCAGCACUUAAAGAAGCUUUCGUAUCGAAGAAAUCCAUUUAUCUUUCAAAGAAAAGUCAAAAUGUCACCUUGAGUCACAGCCAAUCUGUAAAAGAAUCACGUCAAAGGGGAUUCAAGCAAAAUUAAGUGACUAAUCGGCAUAAAGAAUGUUGCUGGUUAUAUAACCAUAACUAAGAUUAAAUAUAUUGCAAUUAUUUUCCAGCGGCUGCAAAUAUUCACAGUUUUCACAAAUAGCUCACGACAAAGUGAUUCAUGUCUUUCCAUUUGUUGGUGGCCUCAGUCAAAAAUUCCCUUACCGCACGCCCGUGCGUAAUGUAUCCCAUGGGACACGAUCUUAAUUGCUGAUUCACUAUGCAAAAAGUCUUUAAGUAUUCUAUGACCCGGGAAUUCUGGAAACUUCAGUUUGAACACAGUUUGAAGCUUGUCCAAAGUGAACAGAAAUGAAAAUGAGAAUGGUAACCCGAGAACCAGUUGAAGUGAUACCAAGGGUGGAUGUCAAGGAUGUUAAAGUUAUACGCCUCUUGGGGGCUGGCGGGUUCGGUUCCGUCUUCGAAGCUAUGCACAACAAUUGCAAAGUAGCCCUGAAGAAAUUUCACACCAACACUCGCAAUAAGAAAGCUGCGAUGCAGAGCUUUGAGGCCGAGAUGCAUCACGAAGUCUUGUCUCUCAAGCAUCCUCACAUCGUCCGUGUUUUGGCAGCGAACACCGCAAAAACCUUGGAAGACCAGCCUUGUAUCAUCAUGGAGUUUGUAAGCACCAGAAACCUUCAGCAUGUUCUUGACGACGCCGACGAAAAGAUCGAUUUUAAACGACGCGUUCGGUUUGCAUAUGAGGUGGCUCUGGCGCUGGAAUAUGUGCAUAGCAAUAACAUCGCACAUCUCGACUUGAAACCUGCCAACGUUCUGAUUGCGCAGGAUGAUAGCUGCAAACUCGCCGACUUCGGGUGUUGUCAGAUCAUCCAGGAACGACCCAACACCCCCUCCAGAUCGUACCUCACCGGAACUUUUGCCUACCGGGCACCGGAGCUUCUUAAAGGAGAAAGCCCAACUUUCAAGGCUGAUGUUUUUUCGCUCGGGAUCUGCUUGUGGCAAUUCUGGACGCGAGAAAUUCCGUACAAGUUGCAAAAUCACCAGAUUGUGAUCUUUCAAGUUGUAGCCUGCAAUUUGCGUCCGCCGAUCCCCAAGGGGAAUGACGUCGACAACCGGUACAGGGAACUGAUAACGUCAUCGUGGUCCGGUAACCCUAGUGACCGUCCUUGCAUGCCAGAAGUCGUGAACUUGUUGAAGAGUCUCCGUCCUUGACGCGAUAUUUACUUUACUGGACAAUUUUACUAAAUAUACCGAGUGCUGGUCACUUGGUUAGUUUAAUUUAAGUCGGUUAGAA